AUGUCGCGAGCGUCCGUCACACCACCAAGCUCCCAGGCUGCUGACCGACAACCUUCCUCCACUCUCAAUGACUCCGAAAGACUGUCCAAUGCUUCACAGCCGUCGUCUACUUCCUCGGGCCAGCCGGUCAAGCGGGGACGGAGAAGCAACCCCAAAGUCAAAACCGGUUGCACCAACUGCAAAAAACGGAGGAUCAAGUGCGAUGAACAACGCCCCGAGUGCACCCAAUGCGUUCGAAGCGGCAAGGCAUGUGUAGGCUACCCGCCCCCCAGCCGCCACGCGCGGCCAUCCAUGGAGAUUCGCAUUGCCCCAAAGCCUCUGGCGGCGAUGAUGCACGCUGCUCCGGCUCCUGCUCCUCCCACAGGAGGAGGCGCCGCCGAGGCUCAGCCCAUGGGUAUCAGUAUGCUUCAGAAACAAGUAGUUUUGCCACCUCGUCGUCCUGGGCGCCGUCGCAAGAUGAUGAUGAUGGAACAGUACAAAUCACUCUGUGCCUCUGCAGCGCAUCCACCAAACUUGCACGGGCCGUCCAUGGCCUUGCCGCUUCAACCUGCUGAAAUCAUGUACUUUGAGCUCUUUAGGCUACACACGGCCUCGCAGCUCUCAGGCUACUUCAAUUCCAACUUUUGGACCCAGCGGGUUCUGCAGGAGUGUCACAAUGAAAGCGCCGUUCGCCACUCCGUCAUUGCCCUCGGUGCCUUGUACAAGACUCUAGAGCUCUCUUUCGAGGCUUCCCAUGACGUCCAUGUGCAGUGGCACACGGAUUCCAUGGUCGCUCACUGGCACGUCGCCGUCAAGCAGUACUCUGAUGCCUGCAACGCCGUCGUCUCCGUCACAGGCGACACCAUUCACAGUCACCAUACGCGUUUGAUCGCCAUCAUUCUCCUGGCUUGCUUUGACUCCUUCAUAGGCGAUCACAAGCAAGCAAUCAUUCAGAUUCAAACUGGCCUUGGUAUCCUGGGGCAGUUGCGACGACACCAUUCAUCAAGCCUGUUAGUAGCGCUGGAUACCGCUCCAGACGAACUGGUCACCCUGUUUGGCCGUCUUGCCAUCCAGGCAAAGUCAUACGACCUUGCUUUCCAUUUUCCUCAGCCAUACAUCAUCAGGCUGGGUUCCACAUCAGAAAAUCCCGACUCCCCGGGAUCCGACACAAAUUCGUCGUCAAUUACUGACAGUCCGCCCAGAGAGGGCAUCUUUUUUGAGACGUUGGCCGAGGCACGACUGGCCUCUGACAAGCUGUGCAUGGCGCUGCUCAUGUUUGUCGAGCAGCUCCAUGCCGCCAAGACGAAUCCGAGCUAUGUUCUCCCGGCGGCCUGGAAGAAAUACGGCAUGGGUCUCAAAGACCGUCUGACAGCGUGGUCAGACGCAUUCGAGCCCAUCCUGGCCUCGCGCUUCCACCCAAACAUGCCAUAUAUUGAAAGAGCCGGCAUUGCUGCGCUCAAAAUGUUUCAGAUCAAUGCAAACGUCAUCUUUUUAAUGCUCUUUUGCGACAAUGAAGUACAAUUUGACGCCUUUAUGCCGCAUUUCCAAAUGAUUGUCAAUCUCGGUUGGGAAGUCGUCAGCGCCGACGAGAGCCGGUUCGCUUUCGUCGAGCUCCACGCACAAACACCCAGCCAGCCGCACUACGCCCGCGGCACCACCAAAGGCGCCUUCAAGGCGGGCAAGUACGGCGGCGGCGGCGGCGGCGCGGGCCGACGCCUCAAGCCCAGCUUCUCGGCCGACCUGGGCAUCGUCCCGCCGCUGUUCGUCGUGGCGACCAAGUGCCGCGACCCCUGGCUGCGGCGCCAGGCCAUCCAGCUGCUCAAGAGCAGCGCGCGCCGCGAGGGCAUGUGGGACAGCGAGCUCACCUCCAACAUUGCCACCUGGGUCAUGCAGCUCGAGGAGCAGGGCGUCCCCGGCGGCGGCGGCGCUGCGGUGCCGCCCGCCUUUGACCCGCGCAAUCCCGGGGCUGGGGGUUACGCCGAUGCCCAGGGUGUCGUGCAGCGCACCAUUCCCGAGGACCGGCGCAUCAUGCUCAAGGCGGCCGACUUUGACCUUCGCUCUCGCUAUGCCGACAUUGUUGUCGGCACGCGGGCCGUGUACAAUGGCAACCAAGAUACAGGAGGGAAGGGGGCCCGGGUUCCUCCCUGGGUGGGAGUGAGUGAUGAUGGCCCUGUCAUCGACUACGACUUCUCCGUCAGGGCCGACGGUGUCGACGCGGGACCGCCUCGUGCUCGUCUGCAAGUCGUGUGGCUUAUAGUCUCGCCGCCGCCGCCGCCGCCGCCGCAACCGCCUUAUACCGCGCCUCUCGGCCGCCGUCCUCACCGACGUGGUCUGGGACGCGUGCGACGGUUUCAAAGACCAAUCUCCGCCCGAAGUCGGUUUACGAGACGGCUCGUUUCACCUGCAGUUUGA